AUGCAUGGAUAUAAUAAAAUGAUAAAUAGCUUUUUCUGCAAUGAUAAAAAGCUCCCUGUAGAUAUAAAUGAUGAGAAAAAUGAUAAUAUUGCAAAUGGUGUCAGUAAAGAUGAACAAAAUGACCCUCAAACUUUAGAAAAUAAUAGUUACGAUAACUCAGUAAAUAAAUCACACGAAAGUACCUGUGUUAGAAAUCAAUCCUAUGGUGAAUAUUUUGAAGCUCAUGAAAAUCCUAAACUAAAUAAAAUUGAUUUUGAGGACAUAAAUAAAAAUGGUAAUAAUGCGGAAGAUGAUAAAUUUAAAAAUAAAUCAAUAAACCCCCAACUAGGUGACAAUAAUUUGGAUGAAAAUUUAUCUAAUGAAUCUAUUACCAAUGAGGCUGAGUUGGGUGAAGAGAAAAAUAUAUGUGAUAACAAUAUCGCUAACGAAACAGAAGAAAACGAAAAGGAUAACCUAAAUUUAAGUGAAGAAAAUAAAAACGAUGAAAAUGCGGUUAAAACUGAGGCAGUUGAUAAUGAAAUAACUAAAGUGGACUCCGAAAAUAUAAUAGAAAAUAAAGAUUUAAAAAAUGUAUUUAGUGUUUUCAAAUUAGGUAAUAAUAAAAUUCAAUCAAUAAAAGCCUUAUGCCAAAAUUAUAAAAAUAAUUUAAAUAAACGUUUUAGAGAAAAAAUAAGAAAAUUAAAUUCAUUUAUAUAUUAUAAUAAUGAUAAUAAUUUUAUAGACAAGCAUAUAAAAGUUGGUUAUAUUAAUGAUAUUGAUAAAAUGGAUGCUUUAAAAAAUGAAAGAAUGUCUAGAUUAUUUUUAUAUAUUGAUGAUAUUAAUAAGUUACAACAAACAUUAAAAGACCAACAAAAUGACGAUUCAAAAUUAUUAGGAGGCGAUAAAAAAGAACAAUUUUAUGAUUCUAAUGAAAAUGUAGAAGACUUUUUUAUUUUUGAUCGUGCAUUUUCUAAUAUAAGUAAUGAUGUAGAUAGCAUGUUUACAGAAUGUGCAAAUUCCUCAUUUUUUAGAGAUGAUUCAAGUAUUGAUAAUUUAUUAGACGACGGAAUAGGGAGAUCAAAUGAAGAAUGUAAUAUUUACAACUUAUUUAGCAAUUUUUCUUUCAAAAAUAAUUACAUGUUUCAUAUUAAUAAAAAUUUAUGUUCAAUUUAUGAUUGCACUCCUAUGAUUAUAAAAAAAUUCGCACAAAAAAUUAAUUCAUACAAUACCACGAGAAAAAGAAGUGAUGAUAUUAAUAGUGAUAAACAUGAUAAUGAUGAUAACGCAAAAAAUAUAUGUCUCCCUCCAGAAUUUAAAGAUAAUCCAAAUUAUUACUAUGGAAACUUUGUAUAUGGGCAAAAUGAAAACUUCGAUGCAUAUAUUCAAUUCCAUUGUGAAAAAUGGCAAGAAAAUAUAUAUGAUACUGUAGAAGUCAAUAGUCUGGAGUUGAAUUUUGAUAGAUUACGUUGCAAUAUAAUGUAA